GAUAAGGCUGCACCAGACAGAAGGUUACGGCGGAGAGAAAGAGAGGAGGAGAACAAGUGAGAGAAGCUGUGUCCUGCUGAUUCUGCUGCAGCUUCUCCCUGUCACUGACUGAGCUUCACAGAUGAUGUCAUCGGAGCGUCUGACCUGCGGUUGGCUGCAGCAGCUACUCCUUGUACUCCUGGUGCUUUGCCUCACUUUUGCUGGACCUCUGCGGCCACUCAAUGGGACAGAGUGCACAGCCAAGGGUCCCGCUUCCUACAUCCUGGUCUUUACAGGUCACUGGAGUCCGCAGGCAUUCCCCAAGCAGUAUCCACUGUUCCGACCCCCUGCACAGUGGUCCAAACUCGUAGCGGUCAGCCAUAAUGGCCGUUUUCGGCUGUGGGAGGAGGGUGCUCCAGCCAGUGCAGGGGUGCAGAACUUCUCUGAACUCGGGGUGACGGUGGAGCUGAUGAAGGCGGCCAAGGAGGCGAGGAAGAAACGCGCGGUUGGCGCCAUGUACCGAACAGCCGGGAUCCCUAACGGCGUCGGGCACAGCUCCACCGAGUUGCUCAUGCAGCCCCGGUGCUCACUGCUGUCCCUGAUGGUGAAGAUGAUCCCCAGCCCCGAUUGGUUUGUCGGUGUGGACAGCCUCAACCUUUGUGAGGGCGGCCGGUGGAAACAGGAGGUGACCUUUGACCUGCAGCCUUAUGAUGCAGGGACAGACAGUGGAUUCACUUUCUCCUCUCCCAACUUCCCCACCAGCCCCGUAGAAAACAUCACAAAGAUCACCUCUCAGCUGCCGAACCAUCCAGCCAACUCCUUCUACUAUCCACGCUUAAAGGAGCUUCCGCCUAUUGCCAGCAUAAAGAUCACCCGACAGAGCAGAUCACCUGACCGUCAAGCCCCAAUGUCCAAUCAUAUUCUGCCAAACUCCAUCAGUCCUCAGCGCUUCUCAGUGACACCACUGGACUGUGAAGUGUCUCUCUGGUCAUCCUGGGGUUUGUGUCUGGGUCCCUGCUCCAGAGGCGGGGUCCGCCACCGCACACGGUACAUCCUCUUGCGGCCGGCCAAUGCUGGCACGCCCUGCCCUGAGCUGGAGGAACAGGCUGAAUGUGUACCACACAGCUGUAUGAGACUCAAGUAACCCAACAGAUACUGCCAGGAUUCAACACUGGGACUCUCAUGCCAUCACUGCUGGGAUGAGAAAUGUUGCUGCAUCUUGGGCAUUACCUUGUUAAUGCAAAGGAUUGGUGUGUUUGUCACAGUCAAAUUGUGGAAAUUUAAGACUUGUUGCAUUACCUGUGCUGCCCAUUAGUGUUAAGAUUGUACGCUCCUCUGGGUGUAUUUGAAUGGCGUCAGAGUGUAGCAGAAUGUUAGACAGUUGUUAAUGAUACCCAUUACCUGAACAUUUUGAGUUUGUUCAGAUAAAAAGUGAUUUUUAUAAACUGUCGUGGAUGCAGAAUAGAAAAACUGUAUGAGUGUUUGUUCACUGUCAACAACAAAUGCAUUUGAUUCGUACGCUGAACACACUCUUACAUGUGCACACACAAAGGUCCUUGCACAUACAGCAUACUUUUACAGGCACGGAGGCAUUAGUUUACGUAGGAAACCUAUACAUGCUUGGCACAUGUAGCUCUUUCAAAAUAAUCUCACACCCCAAUUUAUAAAUAUCACCUUUCACAAGAAACACCUAAUAGCUGACUUGAGGCUUAGAGCCGUCCUGAAGAAGCAGGCCUAUUUUUUAAUAAGAUGCAGGUUUUUAUAGAAAGAAAAAUAAAUAUUUGUAUUAUUAUCUCUUGAUAUUUUAAAGUUGAGAUUUUGUAUAUACUGUCUGAUGUAUCUUGAAUAACUCAUGAAUAAAUA